AUGGCGCCUUCUCCCUGCACCUCCAAGAAUUCUCCUGUUGGUUCUUUGAAGGAAGGUGGUUGUGAGUAUCUCCUCUCCAAGUUGUACUUCCGUCGAUCCAGAUUGAGAGGGAGACCCAUCUCUCAAGGGGAGGGAUGGGUGUUGAACGUAAAAUGUGGUUACCAUAAUCACGAUGUCUCUUCUACUCUAGUUGGUCACCCCUAUGCGGGUAGGUUGAAGUCUACUGAACAGUCGUUGCUUGUUGAUAUGACCAAAAGUCAAGUCAAACCUGCAAAUAUACUUCUCACUCUGAAAGAAAAAGAUGAUUGUAAUGUUACAACUCUGAAGCAAGUGUAUAAUGCAAGAUAUAGGUACAAACGUUCAAUAAGAGGUUCAAGAACUGAGUUACAACAGUUAAUGUUGAUGUUGGAACGUGAUCACUACAUCCAUUUUAGUAGAUGUCUUGAUGAAUCUGAUGUGGUAAGCGAUUUGUUCUGGACCCAUCCUGAUGCUGUGAAGUUGUUAAAUUCAUUCAAUAUUGUCUUCUUAAUGGAUAGUACCUAUAAAACCAACAAAUAUCGGUUGCCAUUACUUGAGAUUGUUGGUGUGACCUCAACAGGAUUAACUUUCUCGGCCGCUUUUGCAUUUUUAUCUAGUGAAAAGCAAAAUAAUUUCAUUUGGGCUCUUGAAAGGCUAAGAGGUCUGUUUAUGACGUCCGAGGGUGGUCCACAAGUCAUUGUAACUGAUAGGGAUCUUGCUCUAAUGAAUGUUGUUGGCAUGGUGUUCCCUGAGUGUUAUCAUCUUCUAUGUCGUUUCCACAUUCAAAAAAAUGUGCAGGCAAAGUGCAAAAUGUUAGUAAAUUCUGUUGAUGCAUGGGAUGUUGUAUUGCAAGCCUGGGAGAAUGUCAUGGACUGUGAAGAUGAAUUAAAGUUCAACGAGUGUGUUCAUCGUCUUGAGCUUGUUUGCCAGCCAUGGCCUGUAUUCUUUGAAUAUGUUAACGACUCGUGGAUCAUUCCUUAUAAGAAAUUCUUUGUGAGGGGAAUACAAAGUUAUGCAUUUGGGGAAUACAACAUCAAACAGAACGAUAUGAUCCUGGGAUUAUUCCUCUCCAAUGUGAUGUGGACUAGGUUGAGCUUCUCCAAUGUCUCGUCUUCACAAUCUGAAGGGCAAUUAUCUAUUCAGAAGGAGGUUGAUCUACUGCUUAAUCUUUUCAAAGAAGUUGAUAUUGCAGGAAAAGUGACCAUAAAACAUAAAUUACUCGACAUAGUUUGCCCUUCCAUGACAUCGAUGUUACCACCACCGAGUAAAGUUAAGACGAAAGGUGCAGCUAAGAGUCAUAGAUCAAAGAAGUCAACCAAACGUGAUCCCUCCUAUUUUGAGCAUGUGGACGCCUUCAUUGAGUCCUCAAGACAAGACACAUGUGCUGCAAAAACAGAAAACAAGCUGAAGAGCAAACGUGUAAUUGAAGAGAAAAUGCAUUGCUGCGUUGUUGGGUAUGGGUGA